UUCUAAUAUUAAAAAUAAACUUAUGUUUCAGUAUUAUUGAUAAGUUAAAAGUAUAUUUUCAACCUUCGUUCACAAUGUUUCUUUUAAAUUAUUUGCUUAUUUCUGCUGCUUUGAUCCUGUGUCUACUGACACCUAAUGGAAAUGGUGAUUGUUACGCUGCAGAAUACUGCCAAGACGUCCACACAAACAUAACAUAUAUGGAAGGUGACUCAUGGACAACUAGUGAUUGCUAUCGUUGUUAUUGUUGGAAACGAAAAAUCCAAGUGAAAUCUUGUUUGGAGAUAGAGAACAGGACAUCAGAAAUCACCAACUGGUACUUUCCCUCAAUAAGGAAAUCCACAUUGCUUAGCAUGUUACAAGCAAGAUUCCGAAAUGCUCCGAGAGAAGUCAUAGUCACCCGCAAUGAAUCGUUACACAUCGCAUGCCCUGUUUUACCUGAUCCGGUCCCAAACCCAAUCACUGGGACCACAUUCUACCCUUUGCUACGUCAGAUCAACUAUGUUUUAGAAAUACUUGGAAAAGGUUGCUGUUCCUUGUAUGGUUACCCUGCUAGUGUUCAUAGUGACUGUGAGAGUGUGUGGGAUCCACAAUACUGUAGAUACUUAGUGUUGGAUCGGAGGACACGACAACCAUGUAGAUACCAGUAUGGGUUGGUGGGAAAAUAAACUUCUUAUUGAAAAAAUAUUUAAUAACUUAUUGAUCCAUGCGCGGAAAAAUGAUGUUUUUUUUAUCAUGAUCCAGUUUGUAUACUUUUGUUGUUUCACAAACUGCCAAGUGUUUGUAGUAGUGUAGUUCUAUACAAAUGUGAUCAUUUUAUUGUGUUAUGUGAUUUUGGAUUGCCAUUCAUUUUAAAUUGGUUUAGAUGGCGAGAUUUUCAAGUAUUAUGAAAGCAGUAUUGGUGCAUAUCUUUUAAUUUCUCUUGUGUGCACGGAUUUAAGACCUGCUUUUUUAUUGAAGAUAAAACUUCUCAGUUUGGCUACAUUAAACCUUCCAUGUAAACUUAAUUAAACAAAUAGUUGUAAUGCUUUAUUUGUAUGUAUCAAACCAGAAACUUAAGAAUUUAUAAAUAUAUCACAAACGUUACGACAAACAACAAAAUAAAAUUGAAAACAGAAUAUUUUCCAUUUUUUACAGCUUUGUUACAUUCACUGCGACACAAUAAAUACUUCCCAGCUUUUAA